CAUACACAGUGACACACACACACAGUGACACACACACAGAGGUAAACACACACACACAGUGACACACACACACAGUGACACACACACAGUGACACACACAGAGAGGUAAACACACACAGUGACACAUACACACAGUGACACACACACAGUGACACACACACACAGUGACACACAGUGACACAGAGAGGUAAACACACACACACACAGUGACACACACACACAGUGACACACAGUGACACACACACAGUGACAGUGACACACAGUGACACACACACACAGUGACACACACACACAGAGGUAAACACACACACAGUGACACACACACACAGAGGUAAACCCACGUGUGUGCUGGUGUGUAGACCCCCCCACCCCCCACCACCACCGCCCUCGUCACGGGCUCGAGGCGCCGGGGCGAGCGGCCUCAGUAGCAGCUCUGCCAGGCCACGGGGGGUGGGGGGGGAGACGCCGAUCUUCGCUGGGAAUCAUUCCUGACAAUCGACUCUUCUUAUUCUUCAUCAUCAUCAUCAUCCUCUUCUUCUUCGUCUCAAAUCAUGGGAGCCAUCGUCAUCAUCUUCUUCUUCCCACCGGCUCUACAUUCUGCAUGGGGACCGUCCGACUCGUCUUUCUCUUCAUACGCGGGGGCGAUGCCCUGCAGCGACGCAGAUGGCCGCGCCAGCAGCAAACGCCCGUCGCUGCGCAGCUUGAACCCCGAGUAAAAACUCUUUGACUCGCCGCCCCUGCGACCGUCCGCCGUUAGGAGCACACGAACAUGGUUCCCGACAGGCACGUUCGCCCAAGAAAUGCGCUUGCAACCGCAAGCCCGUCGCUGAAGUUUCUGUGGCUGCCCUUCACUAAUCGCCGUCAAAUUGGGAAAUUACAAAAGUGAAAAAAAUAUACAUUACCCCCCCUCCCUCUCCCUCCUCCCAAAAACAACAACAAUAGUAGUAGUUGUUAUUCUAGAAAGCGAGAACUGGCAGACGCGAUGGAUUUUCCUGCGUGCGAAGAGACGGAGGCCGCGCUCGAUAUGAGCCUCGGUGGGUUCCGCCGCGAGGCUGCCCUGCGUGCCGCCGAAUUGGGCGCCGUCGCGGAUGCCACCAACGGUGGCGGAGGAGGAGGCGGCGGUGGUGGCGGCGGCGGCAGCAACGGCACCGGCGGCGGCGGCGCAUUCCACGGGCGCGCGUACAUGCACAUGAUGUCCGAGUGCGCCGACGAGGAGUGCGCCGAGGCCGCCGUGCCGCACGUAAAGCCGAGGGCCGAAGGGCCCGCGAAGCAGAUGAGAGCCGGCUUGGGCACCAGGUGCGAAUGCGAGCACGGCGAUCGCAGCAGGAGGCAGGAGGAGGGCAGGCCGUCGCGCGAAGCCGCCGGUGGCUCCGACCCGAGGGACGCUUCGCCCUCGUCUGUCCUGCGCGUCAAAAACUGCGGUGCCGGCGAGACGCCCAACAGCCUCGUGUACUUGGAGCCGGGCAGCGCCCGCGAGGCGAGAGACGCUACCUUCGAGGCGCCGUCUCGGAGCAAGCAUGGCGGCGCGCCCUGCGGCAAGCGCACGUCGAGGAAAGGAUCCCCGCAGAAGCACCGGGCCGGCCUCCUCAAGGUUGCCGGAUCGCGGAGGGAGUUUGCGUCGGUCCUGCCGCUGCCGCCACCACAGGACCCGUGCCCGGCAUUACCGGCCAUCGAGGCGAUGCCUUCGUCCCGAGAGACCGGUUCGCUUCCCGGCACGGACAGCCCCGCCAUCGGCUCGUCGCCAUCUUGGGGCGGCGGCUGCUGUUUGGCGGACGUGCAGCCGCUGGCCUCCAGGACACAGCAGGAUGGCGAUGGCUGCUUCGAUGAAGAAGGCAGCGCCCUGCGCUCUGCCAAGAAGAAGGGCCGCCCACCCAAGCUGACCGCGAUCGAGAGCGAGGCGUGCGGCGGCGGCGGCGGUGACGACGAAAGCGGUGGUCCUGACGAUAACUCUUGGUCGGAGCCACCUGUGCUCACGCCCAUAGGCGGCGGCGGAUGCGGCGGCAGCGGUGAAGGUGACGGAGGGAGGCUCGGCCGUGCCGCCAAGCGCUCGCUGCCGCGGCGGGAACGCAGCGGACGUUCGGAGCGGCUGCCCAGGACCUCGGGGGCCGGUGCCAAGAAGAAGCGCAGGAGGUCGGAGACGCGGUCGCCGUGCCGGACAAAAGUGAGCGACCCGUGCAGGAAGAGCGGCCUGGGCAGGGCGUACUUCAGUAACAGGAAAGUGAAGUGUCUGCUGAAGGAGUCGUACGUCAUGGGAAACGAUGCAUUUGAGAAGACGAGGCGCGGGCGUCCGACUAAGAUGCACGUGGAGCCGGUGGAGCACAGGGCCCUGGGAGAGAGAAGCGUGCAGCUCAGGUAUGUGUCGCAAAUGAAGAGCGCGUCGGAGAGGCAUGUGACGCUCGGCUCGUGUAACCCCUCGGUUCUCAGUAGCCCACUGCACACCACCGCUUUGGGACUGACGGUUCGAGUGCCUUUAAAGAGGGGCCCUGGUCGGCCCAGAAAACUGCUCCAUUUAAAAGCUCACGCUGGACUUCCAGUUAAAAUGGACGCCAAUUUGAAAUGGAGGAAAGGCGACCAGCGGAGCAGACAAAAGCUGGGCCUAGACCCUUGUCGAAUGAUCUGCCAAGAUGUGAAUGUUCAGAGGAAGGGAUUCACUUUAAUGGGCGACGUCGGGCAGGGAAAACACAUCGACAAACUAAAAGCGUGCGAGAGCGCUGCGGCAAACGUCAAGAAAAUGAAAAUGCUGAAAAGGAAGAAGAUACUCAAUCAAAUUUUGAGCAGCUCAACGGUGGUGCGCAAGUGCCGGGGCCGCGACAGUCUGCACCGUAAGGCGAGCACCGCGUCGACAGCCGACGGGUCGGACGACCAGGGUUUCCAAAUCAACGUGAGCAAGAGGGGCACCAUCUACAUCGGCAAGAAGCGUGGCAGGAAGCCCAAGGUGGAUGGGCGCUCCUCGUCCACGUGCGACUCCAUCCCCGCGUGCGACGUCUCUCCCCAUCGUCCGCUGGGGCCUUCCGACCCCACGAUGCCGCUCUGCUCUCAGUUCUCACUGGCACAGAGGCGGCCGAUCGCCACCAAAGCGAUGCUGAAACAGGGCGCCUGCCCUUCGGGACCUGCGGGUUCCAAUGCCCGCUCCACGCCGCCGCUGCUUCCGCAGUGCGGUGGCGCGGCAUUCCUCUCUUCAGCGGAGGCGCACAGCGACGGGGCCCCCAGCCCCAGCGACAGUGGAAUCGUCGUCGACAACCUGAGCGGCUCGGAGCGGGCGGACAGCUGCGCGCUGCGCUACGGCAGGAGGCCGUCCUUCGGGAGUUCGGCGGCGUCGCCGGUGCGUGUGCGGCGCUUGCGCUGCGACGACCGUGCCCUGGAGGGGCCGCGUGAGAAGCAGAGGCUGCGUAAGAAGCAGCAGCGGCUGGCGUACGCGAAGAAGAGCUGCGGUGGCGGAGGAGAUCGGAGCGCGGGAUUUGUCACGGACAUGGACGAGGUGAUCGCGAUGCUGGAGGAGUGCUGCAUCGACCAGAAGAAGCUGCGAUGCCAGUCCGGGGAGCUGCUGCCCAGCAUUUUCCGAGUGAACUUCAGCAGCGAAUGCAGUCGGCUGCCCUUUGAGUGCAGGGCCCUGCACGGUGUACAGGACGCGGACAUUGUGAAGGCCAAAGGGACCACCCGCAGAAGGGUUUCCAGCUUCGCGGACAGACAAGCCGCUGCGGCCUACCUGCCCAGCACGGCCGGUUACCUCCUGGACAGCAGCUACUACGCCGCGUACGGAAUGCACUACGUGCCCUCCUUCCUCCCGGCGAGCACCCUGAACUGCUGCUACUACAGCCAGUACCCACUGCAGUCCUACCAGGCCUGGUCCAUGCUGCACCUGCCCAUGUGCUACACGAGCGGACGCGCGGAGGCGGGGGGCGGUGGCGCUGCCGACGUCCGACCGUCGGCCAUCGCCAGGGCCCGCUGCUCACUGGGGUCCCCGCCCUCACCCAUCGGCGCCCCAGCCUGGACAAUGACGGCGGCCACCGCGCGCAGCAAGGCCCGGGGCAAGGCUGAAGACUUGCGGCACGCGCGCUCCAUUGCCGCUGCCGCCGCCGCCGCGGAUAGCGACGACUCGGAUGGUUGCUCGUGCGUGGACGGCGGGCGGGCUGGGUCCUGCUCCGACAAGGAGGGCCUCUCGUACCGCGAUGAGCUGCAGCACCGGCAGGCCGAGGUCACGUCAAAUGGACCGCGGAGGCCCCGGGACACCGGACGCUUUUCCGCCGCCGCAGCCAAGAUGUCCGAAUCAACGACGCAGAGACACGGAGAGACGCGAGGGGGAGCGGCGGUGUCGGCUACGGCGCAGAGGCACCGGAACCUGUUUGCGAGCGCCCUGUGGUGUAGUGCUCCUCCCGAAGGCCACGGAUUCCGGUUCGUGGCCGCGGCGGACUUCAGGGAGGGAGUAGCGACGGACGGAGCGAGGGAGAUCGGCGAUGGCUUGUCGCCAGCGCACAACAAGGCCGGCUCGGACCGCGCGACCUCCGCCAGGGCGAACAGCCGCCACGGCUCUCGGGGCUGGCGUGGCAGAACCGCCCGGAGCCGACGUCGUCACCGCGAGGCCCCGUCCCCCCGGAGACGGAGCCGACGGCGCGCCCAGCGCCGCUCCGGCGCCGCCGGGCCCACGCCGGCGAGCGCCGACUCCGAGGCGAUGCCCGACAAAAACGCCGCCGACGCCGCCGCAGGGGGAGAAUGCGAGGAGGACGCGUCGCGCGAACCCGACAGAGUCGGCGGCGGCGGCGGAAGAAGCGAGCGAUCGAGGAGCAGGCGGAGCAGUAGGGCGGAACCGCGCGACGAAACGGUCGUGGGGGGCGGCACCGGCUGCGGCGGUGGCGGCGGCGGUUGCGCCGAGCAACCCGAAGCUUCGUCCAGGCGGCCGCUCGUCGGUUUGGGGAGGGAGGCGCCCAAACGGAGGAGCCACGUGGAGGUGCGCCGGGAAGAGGGCGGCGACGGCGGCCGUGGAGCCGUGGACGAGGAGAGCGGGGCGGAGAAGACUAGCAGCGGCGGAGACGGUGGCGGCGGCGGAGGAGGAGGCGGCGGCGGCGGAGGCGGCGGAGGCGGCGGCGGCGGCGGAGGGAAACCGGAGAGCCGGUCGAGCAGUGGCGCCGGGGAGGCCGGCGGCGGGGGCGGCUGCGGCAGCGCGGGCGGCGGGGCCGGCGGCGGCGUCGGCGGGGGCACCGGGGGGAGCCCCGGCGGAGGGGGCGGGGAAGGGGGGCGCAGGAGGGGGUACCCCGGUGGGGGCCGCAGCUCGCGCAGCUCGGGGCGGAGGGGCCGGAGGGGGAAGAGGAAGUCGGCCGGCGGUGCCCACGGCAGAAUGAGCCCUGGCUCCCACGACGAUCUGGAUGACAAAUGUGGAGAUACUGCGGAGGCCUCUGGGAGUUCCCAGAAUGCAUCAGCAGAGGGCAGCACCAGCAAUGCGCCAGGAAGUCUGGAGGGGAAUCAGAGAGCACUGAAGCGAAAGCCGCCAAGACCCCUUAAAACUCAGAUCAGGCCUAGUCCUGAAGAGAGACUUCGGAAACAGAGGCCGCAACGGAGACCCAAACCCAUCGCCUGCUCCUUCCGGCUCAAGCCUCUCACCGAGAAGGAGAGGAUCUUCCUGCAGAGCAACCGCGUGUUCCUGCUGAGGAACCGGCGCCGGGCGUUCGGGCAGUGGGCGGCCCACAAGACGAGCUCGGACCCGGCUCCCCGGGGGGGCGACGCAUCCGCAGCGGCGGCGCCGCAGCUGGCGGCGGUGACGACGGCGGCGGAGGCGGCGGCGGCUGCCGCGGCGGCCGCGGCGGCCGCUGCGAACGCGUUGGUGGGAGGGGGGUCGACGCGGCUCAAGGAGCGACGGGCGGCGCGGAGCCGACGCGCCACGCGGGGAACGGAGGACGACAUCAUCCGCUGCAUCUGCGGCAUCUUCCGCGAGGAGGGGCUCAUGAUCCAGUGCGAGAAGUGCGAGGUAUGGCAGCACAGCGACUGCAUGCGCGUGGCUGGGGACGUGGAGCGGUAUCUGUGCGAGGAGUGUGAUCCUCGAUCCAUCGACAGGGAGGUGCCCAUGGUUCCUCAGCCCCCGUUCGCUGAGCCAGGCAGAACUUACUUCAUGUGUCUGGAGCUCGACGAGCUGCUCAUCAAAGUGGGCGACUGCACGUAUGCGUCCCGGGAGCUCCCUCCUCGCCGGUUCCCCCCUCGCCGUGCCGGGCAGUCGCCCUCCGACCCCAAAUCCCUGGACAUCAUGCGCAUCGAGAAGCUGUGGAAGGACGACAGCGGAGAGCGCUUUGCCUACGGCUACCACUACCUGCGCCCGGAGCAGACGCACCACACGCCGUCGCGUCGCUUCUUCCCCAACGAGCUGUUCCGCGUGCCGGUGUACGAGACGAUGCCGCUGCAUGCCGUGGAGGCACACUGCUGGGUGCUCGACCAGUCCACGUACUGCAAGGGACGUCCCGCGGGCGCGCAGGAGAAGGACGUGUACAUCUGCGACUUCCGCCUGGACAGGUCGGCGCACCUCUUCUUCAAGAUUCAGCGCAACCCGUACCCCGUGUGCACGCAGCCGCACGCCUUCCAGGCCUUUCAGCAGCGUCUGCAGCCCAAGCGAAACUACACGCCGCACGAGGUACCAGAUUGCUACAAGCGCAACGGAGGAAGAUUGCUUCCAAGGUCGACGUGGAAAAACGACAAGUACAGGCGUGGCAGCGUGGACAGGCAGCACACCUUCCGACGGGCAGAAGAGAGGCCGCACCUGGCUGCCAAGGACCCGGGCCAGGGUCCUGCGGUUGCCGGGCUAGACGGGGGCCGUGACUGCGAGGUGGUGGCAGCGACGACGACGGAAGAGGCCGUGCAGCCUCUGCGCGAGGAGGCGAAGGAGGAGGCGAAGGAGGAGGAGGAGGCGAUGGAUGCUCGCGAACUGGAUGGCGGGGGGCAGUCUGGGGAAGAGAUGGAUCGCAGCGGGACCGAGCGGUUGGAUUCCCUGCUGCUGAGGCUGCUGGACAAGCUUCCCGCACGCAGCGCAAUCAACGCCUCCUACCUUUUGGGAGAAGGCAGCGGGAAAAAGCUACGCAAACGGCCAAAGGUCUCGGAGUGAUGCGAAUGUAGAAACGCGAGGGGGUGGGGGAGAGUGCGGCGGCGGAGGAACGCAGCCGCGUGAGUGCCUUGAUUGGUGGAACCGUGGCUCCUACCGCGGCGCUGAAACCACCGACGCCCGGGGCUCCUGCAGCCAAGAACGCCACUGGAGUUCGGAGGGGGAAGGCUACGUUUGGUGGGGGGGGGGGGGGGAGAGAAAAAUAAAUCGUCGACGAGACGCAACCGGAUCGUGGCAGAGACUCUUGCGUGGUCCAACGGCUUCGUGGUGGAAGACGUGGCUGGGUGGCGGUUCACGGGGGGGGGGGGGGGGGGGGACGCUGUAGCCAGUGCUGUUGUUGCCGUUGUCAGCGCACCGAAGCCAGCACUUGCCGAGGCGUCCGUGGGGAGCCGGGACCAAGCGGGGUGGGAGGCUCUCGAGUGUUGCAUGCUCUUUGACGGUCUCAGCCCGUUCACCGCACGACAAAACUCGGCGCAGGAUUUUUUUUUUUGCACUUUGAUCCGUCCGAGUGCGGCUCUGCCGGGGGGGGGGGGGGGUGGGUGGGGUGUAUCGGGGGGGCUCAUUCGAGGUGUCGCGGCGACGGAGCUCGAUCCGCACGGCUUGCGAGAGUGUAACGGAGUUUCCGUGGUAAGGUAGACCCUUGAAGGAUGGGGAAGAUCUUGCAGUGGUUGCUUUUGCGUCAUUUUACAUUCAUCACGUGUGGCGGGGGAGGGGGUGACCUGUAACACAGUGUGUAUUAAAAUAGUGCGCAUUCAAGGUCUUAAGCAUAUGCGGUAAAAAAAAACGUGUUUUCCCAUACGUACACAUUGCCAGUUUCUAGUUACAUUAUGCAGCCUGGAGCCAGAACCCGGGGCACCCGAUUCAUGUAGAGGUUUCAAGCUUUUACUCGAUCCCAGCAUCGUCCGGUGGAAACUCCGCAACAAAAUUAUUCCGCUAAAAUUGUAGAUUUGUGGCUCGAUUCGCCGUUACGGAAAAUUGGUUGAAGCCCCCCUCCCGCCCCCCCUCCCACUCUCUGCACGUAAACUGUCGGUAGCUGGUGGAGUGCCGACAGGAGCCACCGCUGUCUUUACAUGCGAGAACAACUUACCCCCGCCAGCGGACUGAGCCGACCACUCGAGGCCCCACACGUGCUCACGUACGCGUGAGAGUGACGCCCUCUGCCGAGGCGUGGAAUUGUGGUGUUAAGCCAAAAACAGUUAAAGCUACUUAGAAACAACGACGAUGAUGAUGAUGAUUACUAUGGUGAAGAUGAUGGACGAGGAUUAUAAUUUUGUAAUGAUGAGGAUAAAGGAUAAUAAUGAAUAAAAUAAUAGCGAUUAUAAUUAUGGUGGAAACAAUCAUUGUGAUCAUGAAGAUGCCAAUAAUUAUGGUGAUAAAUGAAAACGAUGAUAAUGAUGCUGCUGUGGUAGUUGAUGAUGGUGAUUAUCCACCAACCACAACAUCCACCUCCCCACGAUGAGCCAUUUACACUACCCAGAAUUAAUUGCGGUUGAAUUGGUGCAUGCUUGUAAGGCAUGGACCCCCUCACAUGAAUUAAAAUGGCUACAUGAAUCGGUCCCCUGGCCUCUUGAUAAUCUUUAUUGCAUUGCCUCGUUUGUAACGGGAGGACGAUGUAUCAUUUACUCAUGGCCUUGACAUCUGAAUACAUCAAGAUGGCCUCUUGUUUAUAAACCAAUUGUUAUAAUUGUCUUUCAUCAAUUUUUUUACUGAUGUUAGUAAUGCUGUGCUGUUUUUAAGUAUUUUUUUAACAAUAAAAUUGUAGUUGUUGAUCAUCACACAUUUAUAUUUUUCCCAUUAUAAAAUAACUUGUGUUGGCAAAGAGAGACUCACUUUACUACAAGGCAUUCGUCGAGAUUUAUUUUGCCCAUGGCCACUUUCAGGGGUUGCAGAGAGAGCUAGGCGAGCAUCCUGUCUGCAGUAGGCCUCAAUCAUGGGCCUCAUUUGAAAUGUCUAUUGACCACAUUCGACGCGACAUUUUCUCUACAGAAUGUUAGUCUCGGACACAGAUGCAUCGGCAAGCUGUGAGACCUCAAAACCUCAGAACAUUAGGAUGCAUGCUGGCUGCAGUUGAUGCCUAAGCCAUGUUUCCAAUUCUACAUAUGAGGACAGUUCAAUCAGAAAUUCAACGUGUGCCUAAAUGGACUGGAACAGCAGGUGACAACACAGGCAGGAGGGAGAGUAUUUGAAUCCUAUUUAAAUUAAGUUGUAAACUGAGCUUAUCAGACUGCAAAGCUUAAAUCGCAAGCUUUCAUCAGCCUCUCUAUGUGUUCCUUAUGACCAAGAGCAGCCAUUCCUGAGGAUGUGACCAGUCUCCAAAUACAAACACAGAUCCCUGGAUGCUAACGGUGACUUAAUAGCCAGGGAAGUUGGAGGUAGCCAGAUGCCUCUGAGGUCAGAACGCUGAGCUGAUACUGCUGAGAUUCGGGGUUUGAAUCCAUGCAGCUCCCGAUGAUUAUACUAAAUUCUAAAUUAUAGCACGUUCAUGGUCUUCGCCUGAUCAGUAGUGACUGUACAAAGAAACUAAUAUUCAUUUUGGUUCAGCAUUUUGGCUAAAUCCCGAGUUUUGAGAAUUAAGAAAUUGUUCAUUGCCAUGUGAGUAAUAUCACUGUCAGCAGGUUAGCACCGCUGUGCGAGAGGCCUGCAAUGCGUUCUUCCUCUCAUGACGUAACACUACCAAAGUAGCACAAUUGGGAUUAAAUUAUAGGGAAUUUUUUUUUUUCAAAAGCCAAGAGACCUUCACUGUUGUCCAGGAAACACAAUUCCUCCUGCAAGUGCAGAUCGAAUCCUCUUCUUCUGAGGCUUUAAGGAAGUUUAGUUUUCCCCCAGCUCCUGUGUACAUAUACUGUGUUAUGCCGCAUGUAUCUGUGCAUAUCGGUACUGUGUACAUAUACAUACUUAUGUGUGCCUAGUACGUAUACCGUGUGUAUACACGAGAAUGCAUGGGGGCAGUCAAAACGUGAUGAGUGUGAGAUGGUAAACUUCUCACAUGUGGCUUUGAUUAUUUGAAUUCCAUAAUCAUAUUAUUUAUCUGCCUGCGUGGUGUGCAGUGGUUCAGAGCUUGUGACUCGCAAUCAGGAUGUUUACCACGUAGGCUUUCGCGACCAAUAUUCAUGAAAAGGGUUUUUGGGUUUGAUCUCGUAAGUGUAAAUGUAUCGUAACCCUCCCAGCGAAACAUCGUACUACUCAAAUUGUAAAUGUUGUGGAUUUACUCUCCAACACACCGGUGGGCUGAAGUAGUAAACGAAUUGGCGCGUUUUGUUUGUGACAAACCUUGCUGGCUGUGUCGGGUGGUGGAGGGUUACGACACAUUUAUGCUUACGCGAUCUAAUCCAAAAACCUUUAUUAUGAAUUAGAAGGUUGCAAAUUCAAAAUCUUAGUCCUUUUCCCGAGUCAACAAAAGAUGAGUUGCGACUGCAAAGUUAACAAUGGUCAUGCUAUAGAUACUCUUGCCACUGUCAUAGGAAUGUGGAAUUUCCACCAGUGGUUCAGCGAUGUAAUGAAGGAGAGAAGCACUGCCGUACGCUUUGUUUGAGCAGGAAUCCGUUUUUAUUUUCACAGUAAAUUGGCAGCCACAGGAAGAAAAAAAACAUUGCUUUUGAGAUGUUCCCAUUUAAAAUAAUUAAUUUUGCUGGAUGGGUUUUGAUUAGGGCUGCCCCACCCAUCCGAGUUUGACUCGGACAGUCUGGGAAUUUGCAUCUGUGUGCGGAGUGGCAUUAAUUGAUUUAUACUUAGACUUGGUACAGGAAUUGUGCUGACUUUUAUUUCAGGAGAGUGCACGGUUUUGAUAGACCGAGGCUGACCGAGAAAUAGUCCCCGGGUUUGGUCUGGAAAGAGGUGGAGACCCAACUGAGGAGGCCGGCACGGUGCCAGAGUAAGCUGACACGGCUGAGAUUCUGGGUUUAAUUCCAGGAUUCACGAAGAUCGAUCUCAGUCUAAUGACCGAAGAAGCCUGGUUACUAAAGACUGCGCAAAUGACAAAUAUCCCGUGAUGGUGUAUAAAUCCACUUUCUGUGGCCGAGCUCGGCUCUCAUGGACACCGAUUACGAGAUGAUCAACAUACCGGAUGAGAGAGAGGUUCGUUGAAGUUGCGCCAGAAGUAUUUCUGCGGUAUGAUAUUUCAAGGCGUUUUUGACACGGUGAGCGCAUUGAUAGCCGUGAGAGUUCCAUCGUAUCGAAGCUUCGUUUGCUGCCGUGAAAUGAUGCCGCUACGCAAUAGAAUGUAUUCGCAGGGGAGUUGUAUUUGGAAUGAAACUACACUCAUGGGUUUGUGCGAUUCAAUCUGAAGACAUUUUGACUGCUACUCAUUUGAACAGUAUUCGUACACUGCUGAUGCUCUACCGGGAUGUCACGAUUCAGGGCAUCCGCUCAUCGGGCUGGGGUCACGAGUUGGGGGUCAAAAUUCAAUUUAGCAAAUACUUACAUUUUUUUUUAGCUUCCGAUAUAUAUUUGUGGGUUUUACCCAGUGUUGUUUGGCACGAUGCCCAACGUUUCGCUUCAGUUCAUCAAGAAGCUCACAGCUUUGCGUUGGACAUGACACCAAACAAUGCUCUGCACAAAUUGAACACGCCGGAGAGCUUUGCAGCACAACGGCAAUAUCCAACUCGGUCGCAUAACUUAUCCUGCCAUGGUGGUGGCAAUGGCUAUUGGUUUUUACGUACCAAUCGCAUGGAAAACAUGUAUUCAUUGGAAAUGAUAGAUUCUAAUAGGGACAAUUAAAAUCAUGUAUUAUGAGCAGAGGAAUCGACUUUCAUUUUAAGGACAAAUUCAUCGUCACAUCCCGAAUUAUGUGGGGUACGGGGCCCGAUUCGUGUGUUGGCGAACGUUCAUUCCCGUCCCGAUUUUUUGGCGAAACUGCGCCAUCUCCGGCGCCGGUGACCCAGCGCGGCUUCACCCCUUUUUUCGCCGGCGUGGGAAAUCUGGCCCACGGGGGGUGGCUCGGGGUGGCCGAGUCGCCCUGGCGCUCACCCCGCUGAUGAGCCCAGAUUGUGCGGAAACUCGACGGUUUGAUUCCCCCGCAGCUGCUUGGUUUAAAAAAUAAUAAUUCCCGGGAUUGGAAAUCACCAAAGCACGUUGCCGUACGGCUGGGAGCGUCAAGCGAUGCCAUGGGCACCCGUGCCACCGCGCGAAGGCGUCGGCAUGGCCCGGUUCAACAAAUCCAAACACUUCUCAUCGCUCGCAAAAGAUAUACCCCCUGUCCACGCGUAGUGAUAAUUGUCGUGCACCCAGGUCUUGCUGGAGACGUAACGAGGUUUUUUCGGGGCUCUCGCCUGGUUCGGACGCAGCAGUGGACGUUGACUUCCCGUGUGCGCGUGCGCUCCAGCAGGUUUUUGUACACUUAAGACGUGCUGGCAAAUGCGUUGUGGAAUUGCAACACUGAGUUUACUCUCGCUCUGUCUUCUACUCUCUCUGUCUCUCUGAAGUGUCUGGUUUGCUGUGAUCAGAGAGUUUGGCCUGUUCGGAGAAUGAACUGUUCUUGUUUUAGGAAUGUAGAGUUUCUAAUACUUAUCUCAUCGUGACUUUGGGGCGGUCAGUAAAAUAAGUACAACUUUGUGUACAGUCAACAGUGUUGUCAUCCUGCAGAGAAAGUGGCACUGAUGGCACAAAUUCCACGUAGUGGUUGAUGUGGAAUUUCCCCACACUGGUUCAUAGCUGAUAAACGCUUUGUUGAUUAAACCAAUGGAGAUUAACAUUUUAAAUGUGUAAAGUCCUUUCUGUAAUAGUAUAUAUCAAGAGGAAGAUUCCCCAUAUUGCCUACAUUGGCUGUUGCGGCAUGUGCUGUUAGCGAGCACCUUUAUGAUACAAAAACAAACAUCACCCUUAUAGCCGUGAACAGAGUGUUGGGGAAAGUGCUCUUACCAUGCACCUUUUUAAGAAUGGCAUGAGCAAGUGGUGUUACUAGCACCACGCUCAGCCACGUGUCUCCCCAGUGCUGAUUUAACACACCGCACCAGGUACUAAUUUAAGGCUGAGUCGACCCAGGGGAGGUCCAGGAGCAGUUCACAUAUGAGCCACUGAUGUUGGCCGUGGCCGGGAACCGAACUCGGGUCGCCAGAUUCGUAGCGCAGUGCACGAACCACUACAAUACCGCUUCCCACCUGUCAAACAAGCACACACACACACGCGUGUGCAGGGCCACGCAGCCAUGGCCUCAUUCAUUGCCUCUGCACUGCAGGUAGUGGGGUCGUCCGUGCCUAUGCCGCUGCAUGGAGCAUAACCAAAGCUUGAAGGUUGUUGCUGCAGCGUCGUAUGUAUGAUGAACCUCUCGCACCGUGCGUAGCCAACCGCGCUAAUCAGAGGAGUGGUCGAAGGACAACAAACUAAACACAAAAAGCAGUUCUAAAGAAAUGGGUUGUCAAUCUAGAUGAUUCAAAAGUGCAUAGCUCCAGUGGCUUCCUCGUAUCGGAAGGAAGAGCGUUCCAGACGGCCGCAGAAGUGUAUACCGCAGAGAGAGAGAAGUACUCGGGACCCGGUGGUUACUAUUUGUUUAUUCUGUCGCUUUGUGAAUAACUUUCUCGGAAACGUAAAGUGAAGCUUCGUGAACGCCGGGUUUGAACGUUGCCGUUGUCCGUGCGUGUUACCAUGAAUGUAAAUUGACUCGCUCGUGUCUCCCCCCCCCUCCUCCCCCCCAACAACGCAACUAAUGCACUUUCGGACGUGUUUGGACCUUCCCAGGGUGGUAACAUCCCCUUUGGGAUACGCAUGCUUCCUACCUUCCUUUUUGUUUUUGUACAUAGAAAUUUUACCAAACAAACAACAACAAUAACCCCCCUUGCCCAACUGAUCCAUUCCCCACGCCACCUUCCACCAACCACACACACGCCGAACCCAUAACCGUAGCUGUUUGUUGUGUCUUUGACUCUCUUUUUUUUGUAAAUGAAAUACAAAACGAGGGGUGAGGGACACACACACACAAAAAAGCAUCGAUGGAUUUGUGUACAAUGAAAAAAAUUGGGGCAUCAUAUCGCAUAUUUUGCUAUUUUUAAGGUGAGAUAGUCUGUGUACAGUGGUGACGUUGAUGGGUAUGUAAUACUCAAUGUGGUGUAUCUUCUGUUUGCUGUUAUAGGAAUUCUCGUCUGUAAAAGUGUUUGGUGUCAAACACUAAUUAUCUGCUGUUCUGGCAAAAAAAAGCUAUAUAUUUUUGUUCUUUUUGAGAAGCAAGUAAACGUCAUACCAAGUC